AUGGUAAAGCAACAACAACAACAACCAAAUAGUCAUAACAACAACAACAACAGCAAAUGGCGAACGUCAUUGAAAGUAUUGAUAAUACUAUCACUACUAAUAUUAUCAUUAAUAUUAACAUCAGGAUUCUUUGAACAAUAUAAUCAACAAGAUCAACCAGUGACAACAACAUCAACAACAGCAACAACAAAUGACAUUUUAAUAGACACAUAUAUAGAUACACCAUCAUCAACCACCAACAUACCACCACCACUACCACCACCACCACAACAACAACAAACGAAUAAACAAUAUACUCAUCAUUUCCAUGACUUCAUUAAAUCUAUUCAUUCAAUAAUCAUCAAACGAAGUCAAGCUGCUCAGAAUCAAAUAGAGAAAUUUACUCUGCAUCAAGUAUUUGUUCAACGAGUAUUAGCAACAUCAUCAUCAUGUGCAUCCAUUUCAGCAUGUUUAACUGCCAUGUAUUUCUUAUUUGCCAUUGAUCCAAAACGAUUAGUAUUUCGUCAUCAUUUAAUUUUCUUUUUAUUAUUUUUUGAUUUAAUUAAAGCAAUUAUUUUAUUAUUGUAUCCAACAAGAGUUUUAACUCAUAAUAUGUCAUAUUAUAAUGAACGAUUUUGUCAAGCAGUUGGGUUUUUCACCGCUACUGCUAUUGAAGGGGCUGAUAUUGCAAUUUUGGCAUUUGCUGUUCAUACUUAUUUAUUAAUCUUUAAACCUGCUUUAAAUACUAAGGUUAAAAAUUCAACAAGAAUUGAAGGGGGACUUUAUCGAUAUAGAAUUUAUGUUUAUACAUUAUCUAUAUUUUUACCAUUAAUAUUGGCAAGUCUUGCAUUUGUUAAUGGUACUGGAUAUGCUUCAUUAGUUGUUUGGUGUUAUUUACCUUUAAGACCUUUAUGGUAUAGAAUGGUUUUAAGUUGGGUUCCAAGAUAUUGUAUUGUUAUUGCUAUUUUUGUCAUUUAUGGAUUCAUUUAUUAUCAUGUUCUUAAAGAAUUUAAAACUUUAGGUGGGGUUUUUAGUAAGUUACAUUAUGGUUCAAAUUUAACUAAUGAAAAACCAAGUUUAUAUAAUUCAUUAAAAUUCUUUUUAACAACUAUAAAGGAUUAUGUAUUUCCUAGUUUUGUUAUUCCUGAAUCACAAAAUACAACAACUAGUACUAGUGCUACCAACAGUAAUACCACCAGUACUACUGAUGGAACAAUUGUUCGUGAAAAUAUUCCAUUACUGAAUAGACAUCUGAAACAUGAAGAUGAUGAUGAAGAAGAAGAUGAUGAAGAAUUGGACGAUGAUGAUUCUUCGGUAAUAAUCGAAGCUCCACCAAGAGCAAUUAUCCUACCAGAACGUAGUAGUACCACCAAUGACAACAACAACAACAACACCGGUACAGUCAGAAAUACAAGUAAUGCAACUGCUAAUUCCUCAAAUACAGAAAAUAAUACCAAUACCGAUAAUAAUAAUAAUCGUACUGAUUCAGUUCCAUAUGAAAAUCCAAGUCUUCAUCAAGCAAAUUUAGAAAAUUUCAGAAAAAGACAACGAAUAAUUCAAAAACAAAUGAAAUCAAUAUUUGUUUAUCCAUUUGCAUAUUGUUUUAUUUGGUUAUUUCCAUUUAUAUUACAAGUUACUCAAGUUAAUCAUGAAGAAAGAUAUGGACCUAUAUAUUGGAUUAAUUUAUUAGGGGCAUUUAUGCAACCUUUGAAUGGGUUUAUUGAUACAUUAGUAUUUUUCUUUCGUGAACGACCUUGGAAAUAUACCGUCAUGAGGAAUUUUGAAAAAGAACAUCGACAACGAGUGGAUAAUAUUAUACUUCAUAUUAAUAAUCCAAGACAUGGAUCUGGUCAUAGUUUCCAUCAUAGAGGAGGAACAGGUGCAGGAGAUGAUGAUGAUGAUGAUGGAACAACAACACAAAAUAGGACGGCAUCACAAACCGAUGGGGCUGAAUCAAUACAUACAAUGGCAACCAAUGCAAGAAUUGCCAAGAAUUCAUUAAGUGCAACAUCAGGAUUAAUUGAUAUGAACUCUUAUAAAUUUUGGAGACAUUAUUUGAAUAAAUAUAAAUUCCCAUUAUAUAAAUUACCUACGGAAGAAAAUAUUAAGAAAUUUCAAAUGAAAUAUAUUGAUUCAAAAUUAGCAGAAAUUAAACGAAAAGAAAUGCAAAAACAAGCACAAAUAUAUGUUUAUAAUCAAGCAUUAAGACAAAAACCUCCAUCUCAACAAAAAUAUAAAUUAUCGGUACCUAUAAAUACCAUAAAUGAGAAACAUUUAGUUGAAGAAAAUGAUAAUCCUGAUCAUGAUUUAAAUCCUCAUGAUUUUUCAGCAGUAUUACUUGGUGGAGAUAAUGAUUAUGAUUUCUUACAUACUAAUUCUACAUUAGGGAAUUUUCAAUUCAAUAAUAAUCAGAAUAAUAUGAGAGCAUCAUCUACUACUACAACUGCUACAACUACAACAACGUCCGUGAAUAAUAAAAAAUUAUCGAAAUCGAAAUCGAAAUCUAUAGAUAUGACAGAUCCAUUAACGAAAAAACAACCAGUAUUGUUAAGUACAGCUAUUACACUUCCAAAGAAAGCAUCUAGUUAUGGAUAUACUUCAACUCCAAUCUCGGGGAAGUUUUCUCCAUUUGGUGAUGAUAUGGGAGAAGGAGAAGAUAGUAGAAAUAAUCACGAUGACGUUGAUAAUGAUGAUGAUGAUGAUGAUGAAGGUGAAUUGGCAUUUUUGGAAUUUCUUAAAAAAGGUCCACCUGUUUGA